GUUGCAGUUGCUGGCUUGUUGCUGCUGUGCUUUUUGUUUUUAGAAGCGGGUGUGGGUGACUUCGUGGUGUCGCGGCGCCCAGUUCCCGCGCAGCUCUUUGCACCAUGGUCCUUGUUGGGAGGAAGAGGGAUGGGAGGAAUCCGUGGGACGGGACCUGUGGAAUUAACCUGAGUUUUGAUUUACAGGCUCACCUGGGUUCGAACUUGCGCUUCAGCUAGCUAAGAGAAGCUAGUCAGAAAACUCGGCGCUUUGGGAUUUUAGGGAUAAAGCCUGCUUUUUAAUUUGUGGAGUUUAAUUAAGACAGUGUACGUGAAGCGGGACAGCUAUUUUCCAGCUUUUUCUGGAGGAAUGCAGAAGUCCUCUUAAGACAAAUGAGCAUUCCAAAAGGUUGGGGCUACUUGACCAUUCUGGCACCACGAAACCUCUUGUAUAUGAGAAGUCACUUCCUCUUUGGUUCAAGAUGUUGGAUGACCCGAUUUUCACCAGAAAUACUCUACAGAUCAGUUUCAUGUAGGUUUUUUGGUGUGAAGUCUAAUAAUGAAGACAGUGAGCCUUUGAAGAAGAGACUACUGAAUAACUUACUUACUAUGGGAGUAGAUGUUGACAUGGCGAAGAAACGACAGCCCGGAGUUUUUAAUAGGACGGGUAUUAGUGAGCAGGACCUGAAGAUGUUCCUUCUGUCCAAAGGAGCUAGCCAAGAAGUGAUUGCUAGCAUCAUAUCAAGAUAUCCACGAGCCUUAACACGCUCAACUGAAAAUCUUUCAAAACGGUGGGAUUUAUGGAGAACAAUUAUGACAUCCGACCUUGAAAUUAUAGAUAUUUUGGAACGUUCUCCUGAAUCGUUUUUUCGGUCCAAUAACAACGUAAGCCUAGAGAAUAAUAUAAAGUUUCUCUACUCGGUUGGAUUGACCCGGAAGUGCCUUUGUCGAUUGUUGAGCAGUGCCCCACGUACCUUCUCCAAUAGUCUUAAUUUGAAUAAACAGAUGGUUGAAUUUUUGCAGGAAGUAUGUUUGUCCUUAGGUCACAGUCAACCCAUAGAUUUUGUCAGGAAAAUAAUUUUUAAAAACCCUUUCAUCUUAAUUCAGAGCACCAAACGGAUAAAAGCUAACAUUAGGUUUUUACAGUCAACUUUCAACCUGAACAAUGAGGAGAUGCUUGCUCUGAUAUGUGGUCCAGGAGCUGAAAUCCUAGACCUUUCCAAUGACUGUGCCAAAAGAAACUACACAAAUAUCAAAGAGAAGCUGUGUUCUCUUGGGUGCACUGAACAGGAGGUACAGAAGUUUGUCUUGAGCUAUCUAGAUGUGCUCUUCUUGGGAGAGAAAAAGUUUAAUGAUAAAAUAGACUGCCUCAUAGAAGAAAAAAUUAGCAUUUCACAAAUAAUUGAGAAUCCUCGGAUUCUGGAUUCAAGCAUAAGUACUUUAAAAAGUCGAAUCAAAGAAUUGGUAGAUGCUGGCUAUAACUUGAGUAUGUCAAACAUCUCUCUUCUGUCUUGGAGUCAGAAAAGAUAUAAAGCUAAAUUGAAAGUGUUAAACAUGCGAUAGUGCAUUUUUCUGGGGAAUUAAAAAAAUAGUGAUAUCAUUUCACUUUGAAUUUGGGCCUUUCAAAAAGGAGAUGUUUAAUCUCUUAACCACAUAUACAUAUAUAAUGGUUAUUUGGAUAUUUUAUUUUAAAGGUUCGUAAAAACUCAUGGUUAGUAUGCUCAAGUAUUGUCUUCCCAGCUACUUUUCCUCUAGUUUGAAUUAAUACAAUAUCCUAUUAUGUGAUAUAGGCUGUGUAAUUGGUACUUCCUGAGUGCCAAGGCAGAACAAUGUAUAUGAAAAGAUAGAAAAUACAAAAUAAGCUUUUUUUGGGUUUUUCAAAUAAAAAAUGGACAGAUUCACUUAGAUAGUUCCAUUUUUUUUCAUGGGUUUGAAUGGCAACCUGUUUCUCCUGUUAUUCCCACAUUAUGGUUCAUCUUCAGAAUAGAAUGCCGGUAACAAUCUGACAAAACAGGAGGGAAUUUUUUCACCCCAAGUUCUACAUUCUUUAUUUAAACAUUAGUAUUUAACCCAAAUUGAGCCCUCCACUGUAGGCUCAAUUUACUAUGGGUAAAUUACUGAUUUUUUUGAAGACAAAGGCAACUGUAGUAGGCAAAAUAAUUGCCACCCAAAGAUGUCAAUGUCAUAAUUUUCAGAACCUGUGAAUAUGUUAUGUUAAAUUUCAAAAAGACUUUGCAGAUGGGAUUUUAAAAUGAGGUUGAUAACCUGGAUUAUUUGGAUGGGCCCAAUCUAUCUAUAUAAAAGGCUAAUAUGCAAAGUGUUCCCUUGGGAGUUUGACUGGGAGACAAGGAGUUCGAUUGCUUGCUAUGAUGUGCGCUGAGCAUGUGAAACAAAGGAAGGCCUCGGCCAACAGCCGGGAGGCCCCGAUCGGCCCUGAACACCAGCCAGGCCUAGGGACCCUAUCCGUGCACAAAUUUCGUGCACUGGGCCUCUAGUGUAAUCAUAAGGGCCCUUAAAAGUGGAAGAGGGAGGUAAAAGAGUUCAGAGUGAAAUGAUGAUACAAGAACUUGACCCACUUUUACUGGCUUUGAAGGAGGAAGGGGCCAUGAGAUAAGGAACAUAGGUAACUUCUUUAGAAUGUAAAAGGCAAGGAAACAUUUUCUCCUAGUGCCCCAGAAGGAAAUGUAGCCCUGCUAGGAUCUUGAAUUAAGCCCAGUGAGUCCUGUGUCAAAUUUCUGACCUACAGAGCCAUGAGAAUAUAUUAGUGUUGUUUUAAGCCUCUGAGUCUGUGAUAAUUUGUUACAGCAGCAAAUAGGAUAACAGCAACUAAAUAGAUUGUUAGUUGCAUUAUACUAAUAGACGAAGCCACAAAAUGUGGUCCUUUUAGUAUCAUAUUUGUAUUUCUUCCUCAUAUAAUUGCCUUUUUUAUCCAACUACCUUUUUGGAACAGCUAAUAAUUUAGUGUUUGUGAAGUCCUCUAAAUGUAUGGAUAAAAACUAAAUAUGAGUAAUAAAAUGUAAAUAAAGGAAUAUUUGCCUAAUGAA